AUGGCCAGUGCAGCCAGCCACCUAGAAUGCAGCAUGAAGCGAUACAAUCGCAUCAAGGCAAGAUCCCCCUUGCCACUUGGUUACUACCUUCUCCACCUUGUCUUUUGCUUUUUCUUCCUAGGUCCGCUACCGCUACCAACCCCUGCAAAGGCCAGUUCACCCCUCUCCACGCUGCAUAAAAUGACGGGUCAGGAAUCUUACGGCCCCAAUGUUGUCAUGCAUAGUUCCAGCAGUAUGGCGCUUGGAACACGGAGAUCUUAUCCCAAGUAUCUCCAGUGGGGAUCCGAACGUGGGACGGCCCAGGGCCGGGAUUGA